AUGGCGCGGCCUCAGAUCUUGUUUCUCGAUGCCUACGACUCCUUCACGAACAACAUUGUCUCUCUCUUGACGACCCUGCUCGAGGCGGAUGUACACGUUCUGCCGAUUGACACGCCGCUGCUUGAUCACGACUCGCCAACGUUCGAGGAUGAUUUUCACCACGAGUUGUCACGCUACCACGCGGUAGUCUGCGGACCUGGACCGGGCUCUCCUGAGGUUGAGAAAGACGUCGGGCUUAUGAGAUGUAUCUGGAGGUUGCGGGAUGAGCAACUUUUGCCAGUGUUAGGUAUCUGUCUGGGGUUCCAGAGUCUUGUGCUAAGUUCAGGUGGAAAGGUGAGGAGGCUGCGCCGCGGGUUGCAUGGCAUGGUUCGCAACAUCCAGCAUGAGAAAACGCAUUCCUCUUACCAAGAGGAUCUUUUCAGAGGCGUUUCCGAGUUCAAGGCAACGCUCUAUCACAGUCUCUGCGCCGACAUCGGCCAGGAUGUGAUCCCAGACGAGGACUGGAAGUCCAGGCGCUGGGAAGCACUCGACGCAGCCUCCGAACUCAUCCCUCAGGCUUGGGUGGAUGAGGAACGGGAUGACGGGAAUGAAAGGAUUCUCAUGGCCGUCAAACAUCGAAGCAAGCCCUUCUGGGGUCUUCAGUAUCACCCGGAAUCGGUCUGCACUCAACCUGCAGGCCACGCCGUCAUUCAGAACUGGCUGCGCGAAGCUAUGGAGUGGAAUUUGAAAGCGAGGAGGGAAAUCCACACUCAAGAGAAGUUUCUGGCCAGGAAUGCCGUCAGGCCUAGCCUGCUCUCGGAGAUCAGGUCUGCGGCUCAAGGGGGCCGCGCACCCGUUCUCGCGUGGACAGAGAUGCCGACAUCUUUGGCGACCGUAGGGUUGGAUUGCGAGUAUACCUACAAGACGAUCAGUCUCCCACCGAAGGUUAAGGUGCCAGACAUCGUGGAGAUACUGAAGAGCGGUAAGACGGAGCACAUUAUUUUGGACUCGUCCAACUCGAGCAACAUGGCAACGGGGGCUGCGGACGUGCGAGGAAGAUUCAGUAUCAUUGCACUGGAUGUGGAAGAAGCGUUGCGCAUCGAGCAUCAUGUCGGAGACGACUUCGCCACUGCUCGUCUGCCUUCGAUUCAGGGGCUGCCCGUCGACAUGAUGGAGACCAUUGCGUUCGGCUCCCAAGAGAACAUAUGGCAUCUGCUUUCUAGUUUCCUGGAAAAGCGACGCAUUCCUGCAUCGGAGACCCUUGAGACCCCUUUUCGCGGCGGUUUCAUGGGCUACCUCACUUACGAAAUGGGUUUGAAGGGAAUCGACGUCACCAUGGCUCUGGACCGAGGACACCAGAGACCAGAUCUCUGCUUUGCGUGGAUUACGAAGAGCAUUGUCGUGGAUCACGUCAAGGGGCUUCUGCACGUCCAGCAUCUCCAAAAGCGCAAGCUGAACUCCGACUUUUGGAUCGACUCUGUAGUGGCAUCGCUCCAGACAUCACACUUCUGGCACGCCGGCAAGGCCACCGUCAACGGCCACCAUACGGAUCCCAUGACUGUAGCAACACGACCUCUCAUCCGAGUCCCCGACGCUACCGAGUACGAAGCCAAGGUAACCCGAUGCCAGGACUACAUCGCGGCCGGAGAAUCGUACGAGCUCUGUCUGACGGACCAAACCACCAUCACCCUCCCGGGUCGCCCGUCCGCGGAGCCGUACGCGAACCGCAUCAACGGACACCCGUCGCACAAGUCGGCGCACGUCGCCCCGUGGAAGCUCUACAAGACCCUUCGCGCCCGCCAACCGGCCCCGUUCGGCUCCUUCGUCCGCCUCGGCGGCGCCACGCUCAUCAGCAGCUCGCCCGAGCGGUUCCUCGAGUACGACGCCAACGGCUUCUGCUCGAUGCGGCCGAUGAAGGGCACCGUCCGCAAGUCCAACGCCGUUGCGACGCUCGCGCAGGCCGAGGAGAUCCUGCACGUCCCUAAGGAGGAGGCGGAGAACCUCAUGAUCGUGGAUCUCGUCCGGCAUGACCUCCACGGCGUGUGCGGGUCGGGAAACGUGGUGGUGCCGCACCUGAUGAAGGUCGAGGAGUACGCCACGGUGUUCCAGAUGAUCACCAUCGUCAACGGCCAGCUGCCGGGUCCAGGUGCAUCGGAGGAUCGGUAUACCGGCCUCGAUGUGCUGUCGGCUAGUCUGCCGCCCGGCAGUAUGACGGGCGCGCCGAAGAAGAGGAGUUGUGAGCUGCUGCAAGAGAUCGAGGAGCACAGGGAGCGGAGUCUUUACUCUGGCGUCGUCGGAUAUAUGGACGUCACUGGCAAGGGCGACUGGAGCGUGACGAUUCGGACCAUGUUCAAAUGGGACGACGAGGUCGCGCCGCCUGAGGAGGGCGAGAUCGAGCCUAGAGAGGUCUGGCACAUCGGAGCGGGCGGCGCCGUGACGAUUCUGAGCACGGCGGAGGGCGAGAGGGAGGAGAUGUUUACGAAGCUGGCGGGACCCUUGGGGGUCUUCGCGGAAGCAUGA